AUGGCUGGACAAUUAGGCUACCGUGAGCUCUUUCUAAAGCAGUUCACUGCUAGAAAACUCACAUUUCAUAUUCUUUUCUGGGUAUUCCACUGGGCCAUCUUUGCCUACGGCUGGUGGAAACAAGCGGCGGAUGAGCGACUGGCUGGUCUCAACACACUCAAGUUCUCGGUUUGGAUUUCACGUGGUGCUGGUCUCGUCCUGAGCGUCGAUGGAAUGCUCAUUCUCCUUCCGGUUUGCCGCACAAUUAUGCGAUGGGUUCGUCCGAAACUUCGAUUUCUACCACUCGACGAAAACAUCUGGCUGCACAGACAACUCGCCUACUCUCUCCUGGUAUUCAGCAUUGCCCACGUUGGCGCCCACUAUGUCAACUUUUACAAUGUCGAAAAGACGCAGAUUCGACCCGUCUCGGCUCUUCAGAUUCAUUAUGGCCAGCCUGGUGGCAUCACUGGCCACGUCAUGCUGCUCUGCAUGAUGCUCAUGUACACUACUGCCCACGCCCGCAUCCGCCAACAGUCUUUUGAGACGUUUUGGUACACGCACCACCUUUUCAUUCCCUUUUUCCUGGCACUGUACACGCACACGACCGGCUGCUUUGUCCGUGACUCUGUCGACGCAUUCUCGCCUUUUGCUGGCGAACAAUACUGGACGCACUGCAUCGGUUAUCUGGGUUGGCGAUGGGAGCUGUGGACUGGCGGUUUCUAUCUUAUGGAGCGUCUUUACCGUGAGAUUCGUGCUCGCCGCGAGACCAAGAUCACCCGAGUCGUUCGCCACCCCUACGAUGUCGUCGAGAUUCAGUUCGCCAAGCCUUCCUUCCGAUACAAGGCUGGCCAGUGGCUUUUCCUCCAGAUCCCUUCCAUCUCCAAGUACCAGUGGCACCCCUUUACCAUUACUUCGUGCCCGUUUGACCCGUACGUGUCCGUUCACGUUCGCCAAGUCGGUGACUUUACCCAGGCUCUCGGUGACGCUCUCGGUGCCGGUAACGCGCAAGCGAAGCUGUACGACGGCGUGGAUCCGAUGGGCAUGUACGAAGUAGCCCUGCAAAACGGCCAGCAGAUGCCCGCUCUCCGCAUCGACGGUCCCUAUGGAGCGCCCGCCGAGGACGUCUUUGAGAAUGAAAUCGCCGUCCUCAUCGGUACCGGCAUCGGUGUCACGCCUUGGGCCUCGAUCCUCAAGAACAUCUGGCACCUGCGCAACUCGCCCAACCCGCCCACGCGCCUGCGCCGUGUCGAGUUCAUCUGGGUCUGCAAGGACACGGGCUCGUUUGAGUGGUUUCAAACGCUACUGUCCUCGCUCGAGGAGCAGUCCAACGAGGCGGCCCGCCUGCCCGGCAGCAACGGCGUCGAGUUCCUCAAGAUUCACACGUACCUGACGCAGAAGCUCGACAUGGACACGACGCAAAACAUUGUCCUCAACAGCGUCGGCGCCACCGCCGAUCCCCUAACGGAACUCAAGGCCCGCACGCAGUUUGGCCGCCCGGAUUUCCGCCGCCUCUUCACCACGAUGCGUGAUGGCAUCCUCGACCGCUCCUACAUGAACGGCCUCGAGGGAAGUAUGCGCACCACCGUCGGUGUUUACUUUUGCGGCCCCUCGGCAGCUGCUCGCGACAUUAAGACUGCUUGCAAGAGCGCUACGGCCCGCGAAGUCCAGUUCCGCUUCUGGAAGGAACACUUUUAA